GUAAUCAACGCACCUAUAAGGUGUGUGGAUACAAAAGUGGAGAGGAACGGGUCCUCUGUGUCAAUUAAAGACCACAUUCACUGGAGAAAGUCUCCUUCAACAGUUUCCCCCUGACGUGGAAUAAGUGAACAUGGAAUGGACAAUUUAACAACAGAUAAGACUAUCAGUACUGGUGGGAGUUCGGGAGUAUCAGGGAAAGUUGUAACAGAAACUGUAACCACCACCAGACUGACAUCGCUGCCUCCAAAGGGUGCUGGCAGGACUGUGGGAGUCGUGGAGAAGAAAAUCAUCACACAAAGCAGAAGCAGCAGCAGUACAUCUGGAGGGCUCUCUGUAGAAGUAUCUGGAGGUGCUUCUGAAGGUGGGGUGGGGAGUGGGUCUGCCGGAUCUGGAGCUGCCUUGUUAAUCAGUUCUGUGGGAGCCUCAGGAGAAGCCUCUGCAGGAAGCAGUUCUACAGUGAUCAGCUCUGUAGUGAGUGGUUCUGCAGUGAAAGGUUCUACAGUGAGCAGUUCUACAGAAAGCAGUUCUAUAGUGAGCGGAUCUGCAGGAGGUGGUUCUACAGAGAGCAGCUAUAAAGUGACCAGUUAUACAGUGAGCGGAUCUGCAGGAGGUGGUUCUUCAGAGAGCAGUUCUAAAGUGAGCAGUUCUACAGUGAGCGGAUCUGCAGGAGGUGGUUCUACAGAGAGCAGCUAUAAAGUGACCAGUUAUACAGUGAGCGGAUCUGCAGGAGGUGGUUCUUCAGAGAGCAGUUCUAAAGUGAGCAGUUCCGCAGUGAGCGGAUCUGCAGGAGGUGGUUCUAGACUGAGCAGUUCUAAAGUUAGCAGUUCUACAGUGAGUAGCUCUGCGCGAGGUGGGGACAUGUCCGCCGGAGGUGGUAAGAGCGGUGGCUCAGUGACGGUCACGAAAGGUGUGUCAAUGAUCAGCUCUGCGGGGUCCUCGGGAGGAGGCUCCGGAGCUGCUGCUGGAAGUGGCGCUGGAUUGGGCUCGGUGACCAUCACCACUGUCACAAAGGGUGGCUUCAGCUCGUCAGGGUCAGGAGGCACGAAAAGGGCACAGGUCUCCUCUUCUUCCAUGAGCUACUCCCCCCUCCCACUGGAGAGGAAGACCAUCGCCAGCCUCUCAGGGGGGUACGAAGGAAGUUCCAGUGAGAACUCUUCUCCUGAAUAUACAAGAAAAGAAUAUGCCUCGGCAAGUGCUGCCACCAGGGGGCGGAGCCAGAGCCGAGAGAGUGAAAUCAGAGCAAGACUGCAGAGUGCCUCUCCCUCCACACGAUGGACGGAGCUGGACGAUGUGAAGAGGCUGCUGAAAGGCAGCCGCUCCAGCAGUGUCAGCCCUCCCCGCUCCCCCACCAACACCCUGCCCAUCCCCAAGAAAGCCACUGUGGAGACCAGGGUUGCCACUGAAGUCUGCCAGUCAGGGCAGUACGACGCUGCUGGUUUGGACUCGGCCCUGCCCUCCUACCUGUGGACCAGCUCCACGCUGCCUUCCGGAGCCUCGCCUGGGUUUGGCUACCACACCAAUCCCAACAACCUGUCCGCUUUUGGUGUCGCUCCAGCAGUUCAAGGGGUCCCGAACAACCUGACCUUGGGCUCCACUGGUGGAGGCAGUGUUAGUGCUACAGUGCAUGGUGUUCAGAAUAACCUGGCCACCACCUCUAUGAGUGCUCUCACACCAAAUGGAAUCAACACAGCAUAUGGGGGACAGAAAAACCAGUCCACCAGUGCUGUCAGCGCAGGUGUCUCCACCGCAAAAGCUCCCAGCGGCUCCCAGAGUGAUGACGUCUUCCUGAAAGACUGCAAGUUCCUGAUUCUGGAGAAGGAGAAUGUCCCAGCCAAGAAGGAAUCAGAGCUCCUAGUCAUGACCAAAGACAGCGGCAAGCAGUUCACCACUGCCACCACUGUUGGCCCAGGCACAUUUAUAGAUGAUUCAUUGAAGAGGGAGAAGAAGAUGGUGUCGAGCUCCUCUGAAGCAGCCACAGAUUCAAAUGUCUUCUUUGGAUCUCAAAAGGUGUCAACGAAAGACAAGGCAACAUAUGCAGAGAUCCAAAAGGAGGGGGAGUCUGGUGGCCUGGGAGGUUUCUGUGGGGACGGGAGUUGCUGCUCCUGGUGGAAGUGGCUACUGGGGUUGCUACUCACCCUCCUGUUUCUCCUUGGCCUCUUGUUCGGACUUAUAGCACUGGGUGAAGAGGUGAAGAAACUGAAAGCUCGAGUGGACGCUCUGGAGGGACCCUCUACUAGCGCCCAAGCAAGCCGCUUGGAGUCAUCUGUCAACAUCGUCGACCCACUGGAAUCAUCCUAUGUGGACCGUACCGGUCUCACCAGGUCGGAUAAUACCAUUAACCUGGGCAUACCGGCCUCCGCAGACACCGCGGCCCUGCAACAGACCAUCCUGAAGCUGCUGAGGUCUGAGCUGCAGUCUGAGACUGUCAGAGCAACACUCGCCUCAUCAAUCAAAGGAGAGAGGGGGGAGCCAGGAGCUAAAGGUGAACCUGGAUUUCCUGGCAUACCGGGACUCAAAGGUGAAAUGGGUUUCCCAGGUGUACCAGGUCCUCCAGGUGUCACUGGACACGCAGGACCGGAAGGGCCCAAAGGACAAAAAGGAAGUGCAGGGGAACAUGGACCAGAGGGCCCACCUGGGCAAAGGGGUCGAGAGGGACCAACAGGACCACGCGGGGAGCCAGGUCCCCAAGGAAUUGGGGAGAAAGGGGACAGAGGUUCUCCAGGUGAACCUGGAAUUCAAGGACCUCCUGGACUGGCUGGACCAAUGGGACCUAAAGGUGAAAUGGGUGCACAGGGUGCUGCAGGUUUGCCUGGUGCACCAGGACAGCAGGGUUUCCGGGGAGAAACAGGACCUCAGGGACCAAAAGGGGAGACUGGGGCCGCUGGCUCAGCAGGAAGCAAAGGUGACCCAGGUGAGAAAGGACCACGUGGACCUGCAGGUGAACCAGGGCAAACAGGACAGCCAGGACCAGCUGGAGAGAAAGGACCAAAAGGAUCUGUGGGUCCCCCUGGGUCUGAUGGCGACAAAGGCCCCAGAGGUGAUCAAGGACCAAUCGGAUUGCCAGGAGUCAGAGGACCAGCUGGGCCUCCAGGAGAUGCCGGUGUUCCAGGCAGUCCUGGGCUUCAAGGACCACCAGGGAUACCAGGAAAUCCUGGACAGCCUGGAGCUAAAGGUGAAGCAGGUGAACCUGGAAGAGUCAUUAAUGCAGGUGGUGCCAGCUCUGUGCCCAUCCCUGGGCCUCCUGGAAGUCCGGGCCCUCCUGGCCCUGCCGGUCCUCCAGGGCUAUCAGGUCCCAUUGGCCCUGCUGGACUUCCUGGCCCUCCAGGUCCUAAAGGGGACAAAGGGGAUAAAGGUGAACAGGGAGAGCCUGGCGUUACUGUGAAAACUGUUGAAAAAGUCAGUGCCCCCACAUCUGAGGUGAAACCUAUCCCUGGCACUCCUGGCACUCCUGGCAAUCCUGGACCACCUGGGCCUUCAGGGGUCCCUGGGCCUCCUGGCCCCCCAGGACCUCCAGGGCUCCCAGGCACCUCAGGGGUUCCAGGACCUGCAGGACCUCCUGGCCCUCAAGGAAAGACUCAAGAAGGUCCUCCUGGUCCUCCUGGUCCUCCUGGUACUCCUGGCUCUCCAGGACAGCCAGGGCAGCCAGGUGUUGGUUUGCCAGGACCUCCAGGUGAAAAAGGAGAACCAGGUAGCUUUGUGCCAAACUCAGGGACAUUCUUUGCUGGACCUCCUGGACCUCCUGGACCUGUUGGGCCUCCUGGGUUUCCAGGGCCGGAAGGACCACAAGGUAGUCAAGGUGAAAGAGGAUAUGACGGAGAGCCAGGCCAGCCCGGCCUACCAGGGAGUCCUGGCCCUCCAGGCGGACCUGGUGAACCUGGGAGAGGAUACCCAGGUGAGCCAGGACCUGAAGGACCCCCUGGUCCCCAAGGUCCACAAGGUGCCCCAGGACCAGAAGGUCGCCCAGGUGAGGCUGGUGUUCCAGGUGCUCCUGGAAUUCCUGGAUCUUCAGUGGGUGGCCCCUCGAGAAGCUCCCAAGGACCUCCUGGUCCCCCUGGCCCACCAGGACCUCCAGGUCGCCCAGGUGAGGGCUCUGGGGUGCCAGAUGUCCAACAGCAGAUUGUGAACUAUCUUCAAAGUGAUGGUAUCAGGCAGUACUUGGCUGGCCCUCAGGGUCCCCCCGGCCCACCAGGACCCCCAGGCCCAGGUGGACAGUCUGUGGAUGAAUUGGCUUCUCGUGUCCUUGACUACAUCCAAAAUGCAGGCAUUGCUAGCGGUGCCCCUGGUCCACCCGGCCCUCCUGGUGCUCCUGGCUCCAUGUCCAUCAAUGACAUUAUUUCUCUGCUACAGCGGGAGGAUGUGCGCCAGUAUCUGGUUGGUCCCCCAGGUCCUCCUGGACCUCCAGGUGUUAGCCAUGCCAACUUUAACCCCCAGGAAGUAGCAGGGCGUGUCAUGACACUCAUUAACGAACGUGGCAUUGCUGGUGUACCUGGACCCCCAGGCCCUCCUGGACCUCCAGGCCUACCCGGCUCUUCCCGAGUGGACAUUUCUGCUCUGCUGGAAAACUCAGAAUAUCAGAGGUACUUUGGGUCCCUUGGAUCUCCUGGACCCCCUGGACCCCCUGGCCCACCAGGACUUCCAGGACCUCAGGGACCAGUUGGCCCUCCAGGGCCUCCAUCUGGUGAUGGCUUUGGCUACGGGCUGGAGGACAUUCGGGACUACCUUCAACGCACUGGUUUCCAUGGCCCCCCUGGGCCCCCUGGUCCUCCUGGUCCUGAGGGGCCCCCUGGAGUGUCAAGAGGAUUGGUGUCUUAUGCAGAAAACGUGCCGGAGGGCCGUAUCCGCACAGAGCUCCAGGAGUUUCUCAAAAGUGACAGCAUGCGGAGUUUCGCCACAGGGCCCCCCGGGCCCCCUGGUCCUCCUGGACAGAAAGGAGAGCGAGGGGACCCCGGAUACCACAGGGAUCCUCACGGCAGCAGGUUUUCCGAAAGCGACUACUCCAACAUGGCUGUAAAAGUGACAGAUUAUAUCAAGUCCCAGGGUCUGUUACGGGAAGCCCUCUAUGAUCGUUACCAGCGUGGAAAUUACCAGGUGGUCCAAGGGCCGCCAGGACCCCCAGGACCCCCCGGGCCUCCAGGACGUAUCCAAGCCACUGGUGCCUAUGGCAAUGUGACUGCUGACCUUCUGGAAUACAUCAGAAACCAUGGAGCCAUUGUUGGUCGCCCAGGGAGACCAGGACAAAAAGGGGAAAUGGGUUAUCCUGGACAAAAGGGAGAGAAAGGUGAAAUGGGACAGCAAGGAAUCAUGGGGGAACCAGGAUUGCCAGGCCUGGAUGGGGCUAAAGGACAGAAGGGUGAAAAAGGAGACUUAGUGCUUUCGAGUCGGCGGAGGAGGCGGAGCAUCGGUGUUUAAGGUGAAGGCAUGAACCUGCAAAGCUGCUGUAGUUUACAGGGCUACGUCAAGUGACCAUGAACUCUUUUAGCUCUUCACUGCAUAUCAGGGAAAGAAAUGGUAUCAGUUGCCGUUUAAGGGGUUCUUUACUGCUUUGCUUGCUGUAGAGAUUAUUUUAUUUUAUUAUUUGUGAUGUUUAUUCUGCUUUACAGUCAUGAUUUUCUGAAUUAUUUGGUCAGGUCAGGGGAAAAGUAACAUUUACAAUCUGAGGGCCUUUUGUUAUGGUCCAUGUAGCACUGAAUCUUUAAUUGUAUUCAUUGGGGUGUAAAUUUCACGUUAACUCUAGGUACGGUCCACGGGAAUAAAAGCAGCAAUUCAUAUUCAUUUAUGUAUCAUCUGUAAAAUAAAAGUAAGCAUUUAAUAUAAACUGAAAUAGAAAUGGCAACCCAUACACUAACUACGACUAAUUGAGCGUUGAGUGUUUACGAUAUUUUUGGCAGCAUUCCAUCAGAGUAGUGUU